AUGGUUGCCAUUGCUAUGGAGAGUAGUAGCAAAGCUUUUUUUGCUUUGAAGAUCUCCGAGGGAUCUUUGAGGAAGCUCUUGCCAAGAUACAGAGAGAUUGUAUCUUCAACGAUUCCUACAUUCUUCAGCUAUCUCGGGAGGAUGAGGCUCCAAAGGCUGUACUUCCAUACGAGAUUAACAAGUUCUAAGAUUUAUCGGAGAUCUAUUACUGAAUAUUAUAUUUUUGUUGGAGACAAAGUUGAUCGCCCUGUAAGCACCUCAAUCUACUUCUUGCUUCCAUCAGGAAGUAUCUCCAGCCUCCAUCGCAUACCCUGUGCUGAAACUUGGCAUUUUUACAUUGGUGAACCACUCACGAUCUUAGAGCUCCAUGAUGAUGGACAUUUUGAAUUCACUGUUCUUGGCUCUGACCUUGAAGCUGGUCAUCGCCCACAGUACACCGUGCCACCGAACACAUGGUUUGGAUCGUUCCCUACCCUCGAUAUCUCAUCGUAUUCGACUGAUGGAAGUGUCCUCGCGAAAGCUCCCCGUCGGGAACCCGAGCUCCAUUACUCGCUUGUGGGUUGCACCUGUGCUCCGGCCUUCCAGUUUGAGGACUUCGAGUUAGCAACCCAAGCUGAAAAACUGCUUACUGUUGCUCCUAAGGCAGGGCCUCUUCUUGAAUAUAUCAUUCAAUCUAAUUGAACUAUAUAUUAUGCCUUGGCUUUGUUUUGCUUCCUUGAGAGUUAUAUGGCAUCAAGUUGUGAGUCGUAAUAAAAUAAAUUUAUGAUAUUUAAUCUUAAAAUAACUAUGCAUUCAAUUCUAGUUGUUGGAUA